GCUGCAAGGCCGUAUAUAGAUUUGCUGCAUUUUAGUGAAAGAUGCAGGCAAUAGCCAGUAAUUACGUCAACCUUGAAACGCUGGUUGCCGAUCGGGAGAAGUUUGCCGAGCUUCUUUUUUCCCUGUUAGAAUUUGGUUUAUCGUGGUUUUGGAAGUUGUAUUUGUAUAAAAGUCUUUAAGUUACGAACGAGAUUUGCUAUUGCAUACAUCAUGGCAGAAGAUCCCAAUGAUUGGAAGAGUGCCGCCUCAAGGAUGAAAGCGAAACAACACAUUGAAGAGGCGAUCCGGCAGUCUGGCAAUCCGACAAACAAGACUAGCCGUGAAAUGGAGAACCACGUGUUUCAGCGUGCCAAAACUCGUGAAGAGUACAUCGGCUUUCUCGGGCGUCUGCUUCUACACAUCAAUAAGUAUAAGCAGGGCGGCGAUCCAAUGAAUGCUCUGCAGAACAUGGCUGGGCAGCAACAGCAGCAGCAGCCCCAGCAACAGCAGCAGAUGCCUCCUCAGAUGCAGCAGCAGCAGGCGGGCCCGCCGCAGGACCAGGCUGCCAUGCUGUCCAGCAUGGCGGCCCGCAGUCAGAUGAUGCAGCCGCAGCCCGGGCCCGGUAUGUCCGCCCUGCAGAUGCAGCAGCAGCAGCAGCAGCAGCACCAGGCGGCCGCGGCGGCGGCGGCGGCGGCGGCUCAGCAGCAGCGGAUGCAGACCCAGAUGAUGAUGCAGGGCGGCGGACAGAUGAGUAUGAUGAUGCAGGGCGGCGGGCCGAUGGCGCGACAGCCGCCGCCCAGUCAGCAGGGUAUGGUGGGCGCGCGCGGCAUGGUGGCCUCGCCCGGCGGCCUGGCCGCGCUGACGGCCAAGCAGCAGCCGUCGCCGGCGUUCGCGGCGCCCUCGCCGGGCAGCAGCUGUCUGGGCCAGAGUCCGAUGGCGCCCGGCUCGGCCAAGGCGCCCAGUCAGAUGAGCGCCCCGUCGCCGCAGCUGCACACUCCGGCCGGACCGGCCAACGCCACCACCUCGCCGCGCAGCCAGCACGACGAGACCCAGUACAUGGAGAAGGUCAAACAGCUAAGCAAAUACAUCGAACCGAUCAAACGAAUGAUCGAAAACACCAACCAUCAAGAAACGGCCAAGCUGAGCAAAAUCAAAGGUCUACUGGAGAUUCUGGAGAACCCGAACCGUCAGCAUCCGAUGGACCUGCUGAUCAAGUGUGAGCACGUGCUGGAGAAGCUGGAGAUAAACCAGGCCAGUGGCAUGGCGCACGGCCACUCGCAGCAACAGCAGCAGCACACCACGCACAAGGAGUACCAGGUGAUCUUGGACACGGUGAACUGCUUCAGCAAGUCGGCGUACCUGAACCACACUCUGGGCCGCACGGUGGGCCCGCCGUACCAGGCGCUACUGGGCUGCACGCUGCGCCUGCCGCCGGCACGCCGCCUGCGGGGCCCGCCGGCCGCCGCCGACCCCAUCCCCCUGCCGCUGCAGCGCGAGGUGGCCGGCAUGGAGGCCAGGUUCAAGGUGACGCUGGACUCCACCUGCCCCCCUGGUGGCGGCGGCGGUGUGCGGCUGGUGGUCGAGCUGGACGAGCCGACAGCGCCGGCCGUGCCGCCCGUGCGGCUGGCCGUGCCCUCCGACUACCCGGCACGCUCGCCGCGCUGUCUGCACGACGGCCUGGCCUACUCGGGCACGCCGUUCCUGCGGCGCGUGCAGCACUACCUGCUCUCGCGGCUGGAGAAGCUGCCCGACCACUACACCGUGUCCCAGCUCCUCCACCAGUGGGAGAUGAGCGUGCGACAGGCGUGCGCGCCCAGCGCCGACGCGCCGCCGACGCCGCAGCAGGCCGUCGCCGCGACCAACUAGGCGCGACGGUGCAGCGGGGGCCACGGCGACGGCGUGCGGACUGUCAGUGAAACUAGCUGUCGGUGGCGGCGCGUCCGACAGUUAUCGGCAAUGUGCAUAUUCCGGUGGUUUGUGUAAAAUAACGGCAUCAAAACAUGCCGUGGUCUCAAUGUAUUUUCCUGUCGAUAUUUCCCAAGGGAUGCUAUGGGAUUGGAGCGUAUAGUGAAUUUAAUAAAUGUUGUUUAUAAC